ACACGUACUUACACAGGCGUAUAUGGUCUCCGGUAAAGCAAUAGGACGUGCAACAACCCCGUGCAACAUCCACCAGCUCACGCACACACGCAAUGGUUACACGCACCACACGCGUGUCCUCGUGCAUUGAUCGGCCAGUGACGCGCAUAGGAGGAUCUACUCGCCAGGUAUAUAAAGGUAUCCACCAAAAAGCCAGAGCAUCAUUCACCUCCAGUUCAACACACGAGCUGAUCUCCAAAGAUCUACGAAACCUAUCAACCAUGAAGUGCAUCGUUCUUGUUGCUCUGUUCGCCCUCUUCGCUGUAGCCUUCGCACAGGCACCCAAGCCUGUCCAACCCGAUCAGGAACAAUCCGUGGAAGGAGAGGCAUCGAGAGACAAGAGAGGCCUGUUACUAGCUUCCUACACUGCACCAGCAGCAUUAGCACCAGCGCCAAUUGCGUACUCUUCUUACGUCGCCCCGGCAGCCCCAAUUAGCUACGCUCUGCCAUACGCCUACCGCGCAUACCCCAGCUACACGUAUCUGGGUUAAUUUUAGGGGUAUUAGGGAUAACACCGAGGGACCUUUGUGAUCACGACUAGGGAAAUGAUUAUACGGCAAUUGGAAGGAUUUUCGAGCGAGUCGUUUAAUCGACGCUACUUUAGUUUAAGUAAAUUUAGAACGAUAGCAGCCGGACGAAAUUUCUUUUUUAAAUGUUAAUUGCUCAAAUUAUACGUUCGCAUCGUAUUAUAUCGAAGAUCACCGAUCUAUUCAACUUCUGACAAAUCUUAAUACACCGUUCCGUUGUAUUCUCAUCAUGUUAAAUACAGAAAUUGAUUAAGCUCA